AUUCAUUUCGGUGGGAAGUUCUUAAUCGCACGAAGUUGUGUUUAUUGAAACUAAAAACCACACAUCAUCUGAAACAGAAGCCGUGGCGAGUCAGUAGUGAAAACAGACGGAUAAGCUAGCCUACAGUUUAACACAUAAAAUGGGGACUGAACCUGGGCCAGUCCAAAUCGUGACAGUCAACAAAGAGGACCAUUCCUUUGACCUAGAUACGAAGGCACUCAGUCGAAUUCUCUUGGCACCUGAAGUCAGAGAUAAGAAUGUGGUGGUGGUGUCUGUUGCCGGUGCCUUCCGAAAAGGCAAAAGUUUUCUCUUGGAUUUCAUGCUCCGAUACAUGUAUAAGAAGCCUGGUGAGGACUGGCUUGGACAGGAGAAUGAGCCCCUGACAGGAUUCUCAUGGAGAGGAGGCUCAGAGCCAGAAACCACUGGCAUCCAGCUAUGGAGUGAAGUCUUUGUUGUGGAGAAAAAAGAUGGAAGUGAGGUUGCAGUGGUUUUAAUGGACACACAAGGAGCAUUUGAUUCUCAGUCGACUGUAAAAGAUUGUGCCACUAUUUUUGCCCUCAGCACCAUGACCAGUUCUGUCCAGAUUUAUAACCUAUCACAGAAUAUUCAGGAAGAUGAUCUACAACAACUUCAGCUGUUUACAGAGUAUGGCCGACUUGCAAUGGAUGAAAUCUUUCUCAAGCCUUUUCAGUCACUUAUGUUCCUGGUCAGAGAUUGGAGUUUCCCAUACGAAUACAAAUACGGGUUCAAAGGAGGAAGUAAUUUCCUGGACAAGCGUCUGCAAGUGAAACCGUCUCAACAUGAGGAGCUCCAGACAGUGAGAGAGCACAUUCAUUCUUGUUUCACCUCAAUAUCCUGUUUUCUCCUACCACACCCUGGCCUAAAGGUGGCAACAAGCCCUGCUUUCAAAGGACAACUGUGUGAUGUGGCUCCAGAGUUUAAGGAUGAGUUGCGAGCUCUCAUUACACAUCUGCUGGAGCCUAAUGAACUGGCUGUGAAGGAGAUCAAUGGAAAUCAGGUGACCUGCAGAGGCCUGCUGGAGUUUUUUAAGGCAUAUAUCAAGAUAUAUCAGGGAGAGGACCUUCCACACCCAAAAUCUAUGCUAGAGGCUACAGCAGAGGCCAAUAACCUUGCGGCUGUUGCAUCAGCUAAGGACCAGUACUACAAGAACAUGGAGAAGGUCUGUGGUGGUGAUCUACCUUAUGUGUCCCCUGACUCACUGGAGGAAAAGCACAGUUUCUUCCUGCAAGAAGCCCUGCGUCACUUUACUGGCACUAAGAAGAUGGGUGGACGAGAUUUCUGUAAACGUUAUCAAGAACAGCUUGAAGCAGAGCUGGCAGAGCUUUGGGUGUCUUUCAGUAAGCACAAUGAGUCCAAGAAUAUCUUCAGUGCAUUCCGGACACCUGCGGUGCUUUUUGUCUUGAUUUGCCUUCUGUAUAUGCUGUCAACACUCUUGCUCUUCAUCGGUCUGGGAAUGAUUUCCUUUGCAUGUGACUGUGUAAUUGGUCUGGCCAUGAUUGCUAUGGUGACCUGGGCCUUUAUUCGUUACUCUGGCCAAUACAGAGCAGUAGGCACAGCUAUAGACCAGGCUGCUGGGAUCUUGCUGGAACAGGCCACAGAUAUAUUGAACAAGACGAGAGGCCAGGGUCAAGUGGCUGUGCAACACAAGAAAACAAGUUAGCUUCUCAGGCAAACCAAAAACGCCAGAGAUGUAAACUGCACAGACGUGACCAAUAAGAUAAAAAUAAUGCACAACUCCAACCAAAGCGCUUACAUAUCUACUUUUAAUGCAUGAUGACCUAUUUUGACAACAUGUUUAGAACCAGAUUUUUAAAUAUCAAUAGAAAUACGACCAAAAUUCACAAACCAGCAGAUAGUUUUUCAGGGACAGAUAUGGAUUUAAGCACAAGGGCUUUCCACAAAGAUGCAGUGAUACGUUUACAGUUCAUUCCAGUACUGCCAAAGACGUUACAAACAUCCUUAGCAGGUCAGGGUCACUGGUUUGCACUCUAUAGACAUGUUUCUGUUUGUAUUCCUUAGCCUGGGAUACAUUUGUACAUAUACUGUUACUUCAUAAAAGCUUGUGCUUGGUAAGAUGUUUAGUAUUAAAAAUGUAACUACACUAUGUCUUAUGUGACCCAUGAAAAACCUUUAUUAUACCAAACUGUGGCCUUCUAUGCAUUCCAUCGAUAUCAUCCUAUGAUAUCUUUGAUAAAUCUUGUAAAUAAUUUAUAAAGUCUUUGCACUUUGAUUUCAUACAUACUAUUCAAUGCAAAAAAUCAUUUAGUCCUGAACUGGUGCUGUACACCUCUUCUGUGUGUUGUUGGGUGUUUAAAACUAUACUGAAACAUUCAUGAAGUAAGAAAUUCUUGAACGUAUUGAUAGAAAAGCCAAAGCAAACGGUUUAAUAGUGUCUUGAGGAAAACCCAUUGUAGUCUGUCGUCUUAUCCUGAAAUGUUUGUCCAUUGUUUGAUAUUUCCUUUCAUUUUGGUAAACACCUGAUUUUUUUGUAUUUACAAUAGUCCUGCGGGACUUUAUUGCAGUCAGCUUCGGUAGUAGUGGUAUUUAAAUGAUCACAGUAACAUUCCAUUUUAUUUGUUAUUAUUUAAUAUUACUCAAAAUGUGUAAUAUAGUGGUGAACUUCCCUUUCAAAAAGCUCUGUGGUGGUACUUUGGUUACAUUAGCGGCAUAUGAUGUUUAAUACCAGGAUAUUUAUGUGAUACACCUAAGUACUUUUCUAAAAGAACAUCUACAUCUAAAAGAUCGCAGUAGUUCUGUGCCAUGUAAAAAAAAUUGUAGUACCAUGGUACUUUUUGUAACCAUGAUAUUUUUCCAAUGUGUAUGUUGAGUAGCUGACCGUCUACACCCAGUCUUUAAAGAAAGAAUUUACCAUGAAAAUAUGCAUAUUUUAGCCACAAAGGCAUGUUUGUAAUGCGUCUUUGUUUUUUGUUGCAUUCCACAACACCGGAGUCUCAGUUUGAGGCUUUGAAUGUGUACUGUGGUCUGUUCACAUUCUCAAUUCAAUGGACUUUGCCAAAACUGACCUACAAGGAAAACCUGUUACCUUUCUAUGUCAUUUUAUUGUUAUAUACACUUGAUAUAUUCAGAAAACAAAAGCUUUAAGCAUACAACUGUUGGGUAUUGGUGGCUACAGAUAAAUAAACAGUUUGUCAUGUUUUAAAAUGUCAAUGUUUGCACACUAGAUGUCAGCAUUUAUAUGAUGUUUGUUUGUGUCUUUGAAGGCCGUAUGCCGUAAUGGCCACGUGUGGACUUCUAUCACAAAAACCUACAUAUAUAUAUACUGAAUGAAGUUAAAUGCCUUUAGGUUGAAAAUAAAGACUGUAUUGUAUA